AUGGCACUUGUGGAUAAACACAAAGUCAAGCGGCAGCGACUGGACAGAAUUUGUGAAGGUAUUCGCCCUCAGAUCAUGAACGGCCCCAUGCACCCCCGGCCCCUGGUGGCACUGCUGGACGGCAGGGACUGCACGGUGGAGAUGCCCAUCUUGAAGGACUUGGCGACGGUUGCAUUCUGUGACGCACAAUCAACUCAGGAGAUUCACGAGAAGGUAUUAAACGAAGCCGUUGGGGCGAUGAUGUACCACACCAUCACGCUGACUCGAGAGGAUCUAGAGAAGUUCAAGGCCUUGCGGGUCAUCGUUCGAAUAGGCAGUGGCUACGACAACAUCGACAUCAAAGCGGCGGGGGAGCUUGGGAUCGCCGUCUGCAACAUCCCCUCGGCCGCCGUGGAGGAGACGGCCGACUCCACCGUCUGCCACGUCCUCAACCUCUACCGGCGGGACACUGGGCCCAAGGCGUUCGGCUUCAACGUGCUGUUUUACGACCCGUACCUGCAGGACGGGAUAGAGCGGUCCCUGGGAGUCCAGCGGGUCUACACGCUCCAGGACCUGCUCUACCAGAGCGACUGCGUCUCGUUGCACUGUAACCUUAACGAACACAACCACCACCUUAUCAACGACUUCACGAUUAAGCAGAUGAGGCAGGGAGCGUUCCUGGAGCGCUCAGGCAGAGGGCAGGCCACGAGCCUUUUGCUGAUCACAGCAUCUUUUAUUCUCUCUUUAAACAGUGGUUAAUCUUUUUUUCCCCCCCUCUCCACUCCCAGUUUUGCUCAAGGCCCGCUGAAAGACGCUCCUAAUUUAAUCUGUACUCCGCACACCGCUUGGUACAGCGAGCAGGCGUCGCUAGAGAUGAGAGAAGCUGCUGCUACGGAAAUCCGGCGCGCGAUCACAGGGCGCAUCCCCGAAAGCCUAAGGAACUGCGUGAACAAGGAAUUCUUUGUCACGACGGCUCCGUGGUCGGUACUAGACCAGCAAGCCAUCCAUCCCGAGCUGAAUGGUGCCGCAUACAGGUAUCUGCCGCUCCUUCUCUCCGCGGCCCCUGCAGCGGGUGGGGGCAUCAUUCCCGGAGGCAUCCCCGUCACUCACACCCUUCCCACGGUGGCACAUCCUUCCCAAGCUCCGUCUCCCAACCAGCCCACAAAACACGGGGACAACAGGGAACAUCCCAACGAGCAAUAGCAGCUAAUUUAAAAAAAAAAAAAAAAAAAAAUCACUCCAUAAACUUGGGACCAAGAGACAUUGGAAAA